AUGGCCAGUAAGACGCCCGUCUUUCCCAUUCAGCAGCGGGAGCAGCAGCAGCAUCACUACAGCGACUUCGGGUUUGAUCCAGAGAUCGAGUACUUACAGGUGGGGAUACUCUUCCUCGGUCGCCAACGGCUUGCUGCUUUGGGCUUCUCUUCUUCUUGUGCUGAUGGGUGCAGAUUGGCGCAUGAAAACAGGUCUUGGAGGAGGCGAGGAAGCCCUGCAGGCCAGUUAAGAGCUCGCCGGACUCGCUCCGCUUCGUGCUGCGGAAACCCAUCUCCGACGACGAAUCCAACUGCCGCUCCAAGGCCAAGAAGCGGCGCAAGUGGUGGCGCAAUCCUCUCCUCUUUCUCAAGUGGAGGCGCGCCGACUGCAGCGGCGGCGGCGUCCUGGCGGCGCCUUCGACCGGGGGGGGUUCCUCGUCCUCUCCCUACAGCCGUCCAAGGCACGCUUUUUCCGGGCCGGUGUACUUGACGGAGAGCGACGGCGGUGGGUCAUGCGCUCCUUGCCGGAGAAGUGCCGCCGGCGGGUGGGGGAAAGCCAGCUCGGGCUCGUUGAGGUUUUCUGAGACGGGGGACCUUGAGAUACCUUAUCUCUGCCUCCGAGAUCCCGCCGCUGCCGUGGUUCCAUCCCCUUCGGUGCUUUCCACUUCUCCUGCCCUGCCCAUCUACCUCGUCACUUAG